GGUCCUGAGUUCAAUCCCCAGUACCUAAAUAAAUAAAUAAAUAAUAAAAAGUUGAGUCAAUGUUUUAUAGGUAGUGAAUAAAGGCCCUACCUAUAAGAUUACAUUGGAGUGAGACUUAAAGUAAAUAUAAACACAUGGGGGAUAGCUUUCUCAGAAGAAGAAAAAAGACAUGCAAAGUUCUUAGAGCAAGAGCAUACUUAGUUUCUUUAGGAUACAGUAAAUAGGAUAAAAUAAUCAAGAAGAAAAGAAAUGAGAAUGCCACAGAUUGUGUAGGGCUUUUAAGUCAUUAUAGAGAUUUAAAAAUUUUCUCUUUUUUUUUAAGUAGGAAACAACUGAGUGAUUUUUAAGAAAGUAAUGACAUUAUCUGACUUACCUUUGUAAAAGAUCUCUCUGGCUUCCGUGAUAACGUGGGGGUAUUGCUCAGUGGCAAAAUACUUGCCUAGCAUGCACAAAUUUGACUUCCAACAUUGUCAAAAGGAAGGAAAGAGCUGGGGGGGUGGCACGCGCACGCCAUUUCUAGUCGUUUUCAAAGCGCCUCACGCUGAUUCUCACUGGCCCAGCCACCGGCCCCAGCUCUGCCCUGGAUUGGUAGAUUAUGCUGAUCUUGAUGAAAGAGCAAUUGAUGCUCUCAGGGAAUUUAAUGAAGAAGGAGCUCUGUCUGCACUGCAGCAGUUCAAGGAAAGUGACUUACCACAUGUUCAGAAUAAAAGUGCAUUUUUAUGUGGAGUUAUGAAGACCUACAGCAGAGAGAAACAGGGCAGCAAAGUGCAAGAGUCCACAAAGGGACCUGAUGAAGCAAAGAUCAAGGCCUUGCUCGAGAGGACUGCUUAUACUCUAGAUGUAACAACAGGACAAAGGAAGUAUGGUGGGCCUCCACCAGACAGUGGGUGCUCAGGUAUGCAGGCUGGAAUUGGAACAGAGGUCUUUGUAGGUAAAAUACCAAGAGAUCUUUAUGAGGAUGAGUUGGUGCCCCUCUUUGACAAGGCCGGUCCCAUUUGGGAUCUACGUUUUAUGAUGGAUCCACUGUCUGGUCAGAACCGAGGGUAUGCAUUUAUCACCUUCUGUGGAAAGGAAGCUGCACAGGAAGCUGUUAAACUGUGUGACAACUAUGAAAUUUGCCCUGGUAAACACUUUGGAGUGUGUAUUUCUGUGGCAAACAACAGACUUUUUGUUGGAUCCAUCCUGAAGAAUAAGACUAAAGAAUACAUUCUUGAAGAAUUCAGUAAAGUCACAGAGGGUUUGGUGGACAUUAUUCUCUAUCAUCAACCCGAUGACAAAAAGAAGAAUCGGGGGUUCUGCUUCCUUGAAUAUGAGGAUCACAAGUCAGAAGCACAAGCCAGAUGUUGGCUGAUGAGUGGAAAAGUAAAAGUAUGGGGAAAUGUAGUUACAGUUGAAUGGACUGACCCUGUGGAAGAACCUGAUCCAGAAGUCAUGGCUAAGGAGAAAGUUUUAUUUGUAAGAAACUUGGUUACUACCAUUACAGAAGAAAUAUUGGAAAAGUCAUUUUCUGAAUUUGGAAAACUUGAAAGAGUAAAGAAGUUGAAAGAUUAUGCAUUUGUUCAUUUUGAAGACAGAGAAGCUGCUGUUAAGGCUAUGGAUGAAAUGAAUGGAAAAGAAACAGAAAGGGAAGAAAUUGAAAUAGUUUUAGCUAAGCCACCAGACAAGAAAAGGAAAGAGCGCCAAGCUGCUAGACAGGCCUCCAGAAGUACUGUGUAUGAAGAUUAUUACUAUCACCCUCCUCCUCACUUGCCUCCUCCAAUCAGAGGUCGAGGUCGUGGUGGAGGUAGAGGUGGAUAUGGCUACCCUCCAGAUUACUAUGGUUAUGAAGAUUAGUAUGAUGAUUACUAUGGUUAUGAUUAUCAUGACUAUAGUGGAGGCUAUGAAGAUCACUACUACGGCUAUGAUGAUGGCUAUGCAGCAAGAGGAAGAGGAGGAGGAAGGGGAGGGCGAGGUGCUCCACCACCUGUAGCUGGCUAUUCACAGAGGGGGGUACCUUUGGGACCGCCAAGAGGCUCUAGGGGUGGCGGAGGGGGUCCUGCACAAUGGCAAAGAGACCGUGGUUCCUGUGGAGCUUGGGGCAAUCGUGGGGGCAAUGUAGGAGGCAAGAGAAAGCCACAUGGGUACAACCAGCCUGAUUCCAAGCGUUGUCAGACCAACAACCAACAGAACUGGGGUUCCCAACCCAUCACUCAGCAGCCGCUUCAGCAAGGUGGUGACUAUUCUGGUAACUAUGGUUACAAUAAUGACAACCAGGAAUUUUAUCAGGAUACUUAUGGGCAACAGUGGAAACAGACAAGUGAGAGCUUGAAAAUGAUACUGUCAAGAUAUGAUUGGCUCUAGAUCUACAUUCUU